AUGGCCUAUGCCCGCAGCUAUAGGCUUGUGGGCAAUGGCCGAGCGAUGCCGUCAGCUAUUGUCGGGUCGGUGGCCGACCUUCUGUCAAGUGGGUCAUCAAUUGGACAUGGCUUCCUAAAAUCUAUACUUCACACUUCCCCACCUCUUUCUCCUUCUGGCUCUGCUAAGAUGCUCAAGGUAUGGAAAUGGUACCAGCACUGCUUAUCCUCUCAUCCAGUGAAGACCCAAAUUGUCAGCUCUGGAUUCCUUUGGGGCGUCGGUGACAUUGGUGCUCAAUACAUCACUCACUCUACCUCUAUCAACCGUCUUCAAAAAUCUCAGAAUGUAGAUCCAGAAUUAAAAAUCAAUUGGAAACGUGUAGCUAUCACAAGCAUGUUUGGCUUUGCCUUUGUUGGUCCUGUUGGCCAUUUCUGGUAUGAAGGCUUAGACAAGUUUAUAAGGCUGAGACUUCAACUGCAACCAAAGUCAGUUAGAUUUGUUGCAACUAAAGUAGCUGCUGAUGGUAUAAUUUUUGGCCCCUUCGAUUUGUUUGUGUUCUUCACCUACAUGGGCUUUUCCACCGGCAAGAACGUUGCCCAAGUGAAGGAAGAUGUGAAGAGGGACUUCCUCCCAGCCUUGAUUUUGGAGGGUGGUGUGUGGCCAAUAGUUCAAGUUGCAAAUUUCCGAUAUGUGCCUGUCAGGUACCAACUUCUCUAUGUUAAUGUGUUCUGUUUGUUAGACAGUGCUUUCUUAUCAUGGAUCGAGCAACAAAAAGACGCUCCAUGGAAGCAGUGGUUCACAUCUUUUCAGACCUUGAAGGAACGUGGAGGUGAGGUCUGA